AUGCAGAAAAUCAGUGCCCCGUUUGCUGGCUCUCCAGCCUUUACUCGAUACUUGACAGAGGGCCAGGCUGGUCGUCUACGACUUCCAGUGUACGAGAUUAACACCGAAGGGGAGGUUGAAGUUAUGACCGGAGAAGUGUUCUGUCGAGUUCCUGGCUGUACGAAGCGCACAAUCGUCAUAUCGCCUACCAGUGCCGUUCGGAAACAUUUAAUCUUGGCUCACGGUCUUAAGUGCCAGGCUGGGCCUCCUGGAAAGCCCAGCCAAGAGACGAAGGAUGUGCUCAUGGAGUGGUGUGCAGAAAUUGAAUCGGUGGAUGAAAAUCAUGGACGCGAGGAAUGUCAGGAGCAGAAGGAAUAG